AUGAAGGAUCAGCUCGCCAUGAGCGGGCUGAGAAGUAGAAGCAGGAAGAGGAGUAGAAGUUGCGGCCUGGUCAACAUGCAAUGUAUCCUUGGUCGAAUCGUCAUGCAGAGCAUGCACGUCCACUUCAUGUUGAGGGGUGGGCGCAGCAAGAUGCUCAUCGGAGGUCUGUGGGACGUCAAAAUCAGAAACGUUGCUGGUUGUAGAUGGAGAUGA